CAGUAACUUACCGAUGCUGUCACUGAAAAGAGGCGUUUCGCGCGCGUCAGCGGACUGAAGUUUCUCUGUGUGUGUGUGUGUGUGUGUGUGUGUGGAUCAUCUCACACUGACUGUGUGCUUUCCCUAUCCCACAGCAGUUCCUCCUGGAGCCUGGCGUUUGUUUCCAGCACUUUGGAGUGUAUUUGCAUCGGUCGAGCUGUGAUCUGUGAGUCCAGUGCAUCGGUCAGGUCGGAGCUGAAACAUGAGCGCGAGUGGAAACGCGAUGUUCGAGAUGCGUUUAGCGGACGACCAGAUUAAAGUUCUGGAGGAGAAUUUCACGAAGGUCAGCAAACAUCCCGAUGAAACCACGCUGAUGCUGAUCGCGGCGGAGUGCGGGCUGAGCGAGGAGGAGACCGCGAAAUGGUUCAGGAUGCGAAACGCUCAGUGGAGGAAAGCAGAAGGCCUUCCCGCUGAACUGGGAUCAGUGAAGGACUGAGGGAAGAUCUUCAUGUUUUCUUGCUCUUUUUCUCUCUUUGCUCCUGUCAUUGUUCAUUAGACCUGAAGUUGGAUGUUUUUUUGUUUUUUUUAAAUCUAAGUUGUAAUCUUUUGCUCAAAGCAUAUGCCAUGUAUUUUUAUUGCUAUUAUAACUAUCAAAUGUACGUAAAUAAACUAAUGUAAGCAUCUGUAUAUAAAGAAUAACACUGUGUUUUCAGGGUUUUAUUUUAUGUGUCGAAUGAUUAUUGUAGAGCUUGUUUGCAGAGAAAGUGUGACAGAUCUCUUUAAUAUCUCAAUUGUUUGUCCUGAAAUGAUAUUAAAUGGAGAGCAAAUGGC